AUGUUUGCUGUUCCAGGUUGGGCCGUCGACUCAACUUCUCUCGUGCAGGAAGGUCUUCCCCCUGGCGGUAACGCCCAACUACCUCCCAGUGUUUCCACUUCGGCCUCCAAAAAGAGGAAGAACGCAUUUCCCGACCGUCUUCAGGCCUCCAAGGUCUCGGGGACUGAGCUUGAGAAACUAUGGAACCAGCACGCAGGGGCCAAAGCUGCCAGGACAGAGCAGGGGCACGGACAUCAGGGACAUGAUCACCGAAAUAGUGAACAAGACAAGGCUGGCAGAAAAGACAUCUCAGCAACAGAUAGGAAGAGCGACCGGAAGGGAAACAAUGACGAGUCACGACCGACAUACAGUGCCCGGCAGCAGUCAGUCCAGAACCGUCAAAGACGCAAAGCAGGCAAUAGCAAUCGAAGGAUUAGCGACGACGAUGCAGGAACACCCUUUUCGAAGCCUUUUCCGCGCGAUAAUAUCACCAAAGCUCUCUCACAAGUGCUGCCGCUGCCUGCGAAAUUGACCCCUUUGCAAGCCAAAAUGCGCAAUAAACUCACAUCAGCCCGCUUCCGGCACCUGAACGAGACCCUCUACACGACUACUUCCUCGGUCGCUAUGGACCUCUUCACCAAUUCGCCAGACCUCUUUUCCGAGUACCACACCGGCUUUUCGCAACAAGUGAGAGACUCAUGGCCUGUCAAUCCGGUAGACAAAUAUAUCUCUGCAAUCAAAACGAGAGGACAAAUACCGGCGACAGCAGCCGACGACUCAAAGAGACAGCAUUCAGGCAAGGAAUCAAAGAGCCCUUUACAGGGCUUUCCGCUCCCUCGCCGCAAAACGGGGCUCUGCACAAUUGCUGACUUAGGGUGCGGUGACGCUCCUCUCGCCCGUAGCUGCCAAUCUGUCAUCAAAGCCCUCAAGUUAAAAUUUCACAACUUCGAUCUCCACGCUCCCAACUCCUUGGUCGCGAAGGCAGAUAUCUCCUCCCUACCAUUACGAGACGGCGAGGUGGAUAUAGCGAUUUUCUGUCUCAGUUUGAUGGGCACGAAUUGGAUUACCUUUGUGGAAGAGGCAUGGCGAAUACUGAGGGGGGAUGGAAAGGGAGAAUGCUGGGUAAGUGAGGUCAAAUCCCGCUUUGGAAGGGCGAAAAGACAGCCUGGACAAAGCGUGGAAAACAGUGUGGGUAAGAAGCGGAAAAAACACAAGCUCAGGAAACCCCGUGCCGACGGAACGGAGGGUAGCCAUGAUGAUAUCCGAGAAGAACUUUUUGUGGAAGACUCGACCACCACCGAGGAAACAGGAGACGGGACGGACAUAUCUGCCUUUGUCCGUGUCUUUUCUCGGCGCGGUUUCCUCUUGCGCGAAGAAAGUGUGGACAAAUCGAAUAAGAUGUUCGUCAGCAUGGUAUUCGUCAAGUCCGGGGUACCGAGUGCUGGCAAAUAUAAAGGGCUAAAGUGGAAUGGAAGGGAAUAUCAGAUCGAGGAGGCGAAGAUGAAGGGAAAUGGUCGGGCUGGUGCUGGCGCUGGCGGGUCGGGUUAUGAGGGGGAGGAUAGCGAGAUUCCGCCAGAGGAAGAGGCAAAAGUCCUGAAGCCCUGUGUCUACAAGACGAGAUGA